AUGAAAUUCCCCUUUCGAUUGGUCCUUCCUUUCUUUCUACGUUUCUUUCUUCCUUCGUUUCUUCUUCCUUCCUUCGUUCGUUCGUUCCUUCCUUUGUUUGUUCGUUCGUUCAUUCCUUCAUUCCUCUCCUUCCUUCUUCUCUUCUUUCGUUCGUUCGUUCGUUCCUUCCUUCCUUCCUUCCUCCCUGCCUUCCCGCCUUCCUUCCUUCAUUCAUUCCUUCCUUCAUUCCUUCCUUCCUUUUUUCAUUCCUUCCUCCCUUCCUUUGUUUGUUCGUUCCUUCAUUCCUCUCCUUCCUUCUUCUCUUCCUUUCUUCCUUCAUUCGUUCGUUCGUUCCUUCCUUCCUUCCAUCUUCUCUCCCUUCGUUCGUUCGUUCGUUCUUUCCUUCCUUCAUUCAUUCAUUCAUUCGUUCGUUCGUUCCUUCCUUCCUUCCUUCCUUCGUUCCUCUCCUUCCUUCUUCUCUUCGUUCGUUCGUUCGUUCGUUCCUUUCUUCCUUCCUUCCUUCGUUCCUUCCUUCGUUCCUCUCCUUCCUUCUUCUCUUCCUUCCUUCUUCUCUUCGUUCGUUCGUUCGUUCGUUCGUUCCUUUGUUCGUUCGUUCCUUCCUUCAUUCCUCUCCUUCCUUUUUCUCUUCGUUCGUUCCUUCGUUCCUCUCCUUCCUUAGUUCCUCUCCUUCCUUCUUCUCUUCCUUCCUUCCUUCCUUCCUUGUUUCUUUUUUACUAUGCUUCCUAG